AUGGCUGUCCAGGUCGCCUCGCCCGUCCGCGACCCCAUCUUCCGCCGUCCUCUCUCUCCCAUGUCCGCUCUCUCUGCCUUGUCUCGUCCCCCUCAGCCCGCCCCGAGCCCGCCUCGCACCAACCGCCCGCUCCCGCCUGUCCCUCCGCUAAACGACACAGACUUUUUCUCCCCCGUCCGGACGGCCUCUCCCUCUCCCUCUUCACCCGUAUCACCCAAAAGAGCCCUGCCAUCGCCCAAAGGCAAGCAGCGCGCACUCGAGGCGCUGUCUCCCCGCUCGCGUCCGGUCUCCCGCGCAACCUUCGCCUCCCGCCGCGCCCUCACCCACGUCCUCAAGACCCCGCGUACGCUCGAAAACCUGCUCGUCUUUGUGCCGUGGGCGGACUUCCAUGCGCUCGUCAGCACGUGCGGGAACUUUCGCAGGGAGCUCAUGGCCCGCCCUGACUGCCGCGACGCCAUUCUCGCCCAGUUUGUCCCUGGGUACCGCCAUGCGCGGGCUGUGGCGGACAUUUACCACUACCGCCAGGUCGCUGUCGAUUUCCACGACGUGGCUCUGCUUGUGCUAUCCCAGUUCGUGCCCCUGCACAAGUAUCCCCUGCACACCCUCUCCCUCUGCACAGACUCCCCGCACACGGACCCGUCCGCACUCGCCGACCGCGCCGCGCGGCUGGCCACCCUCUCCCAGGCACACUCCCGCUUCGUCCUCCUGCUGCAGGCGCUCGCGCCGCGGCUGCGCUUCACCGCGGGACCGUCCUCGAGCGAGAGCUCCCUGGCGAGCCCGCCAUCGUCGCGGAGCAACACCGACGGGCGCGCGACGCCGAGCCACGCAGGCUCGAGCUCGCCGCGCGUGCGCCCCGUCGACCCCGACCGCCAGCCCGAGCCCGCCGUGCCGCGCGGGACGUCGCCGCACGACCUGCACCUCGCGACUUCGCGCGCGCGCGCGCCGGUCCUGCGCGUGUUCGUGCCGUGCACGGCGCUCGACGACGCCGCGCUGACCGCGUGCGAGGCGCAGCUGGCCGCCGCGGGGCUGUGGGAGCACCUCUCCGUGGGCGACGUCGUGUGCAACCUCGGGUACGUCCCGCCCGCAGGCGCCGGCGCGGGGACGGGGACGGGGGCGGGGACGCAGGUGUGGCUCGUGUUCGAGGGCACCGCGCUCGUGCCGUACGCGCCGCCGGGGCCGCCGCCCGUGGCGGACCCGCUGACGCUGCCGUCGCCGUUCUACUACGCGCACAUCCUGCCGCCGUUCGCGGACCCGGUGUUUGAGAUCGCGCUGCCGACGUCGGGAUUGGGAUUGGGAUUGGGGCUGGGGGGCGCGGAGCUGACGCUGACGCUGGUGCCGACGCGCGUGCGGAGCCCGCGCUCGCCGGGCGGGUGGGCGGUCGUGCGGCGGUAUGUGUGGAUCGCGCGCGUGCCGUACGUGGGCGCGGCGGGGCUGGGGCGCGGGUGGCGCGGGGAGUGGAUGCUGGAGGGCGAGGGGACGAAGGAGGGGCGGCAGAGUCUGUUGGACGCGCUGGGCGAUGGGCCCGGCGGGGUGACGCGCCGCGGGCGGUGGAUGGUCGUCCGUGAUAAGUCGGGAGGGGGGCGUGUGUGGAUGAAGUUGCUUGUCCCGAACGUGGACCAUGUGCAUGACAUCACGGAGGCGUGCGAGAGCGUCGUGGACCUCCCACCGCCGGCGCGGACUACGACCGAAUCAUAAACACUAACACUGACUCUUGCGUGAACGUGGGCACCGAUCCGGACACUUGUUGUAUACACCCGUUUAAUUCGGUCUUCUCUUCUCCUUCUCAUCCUGCCCCUGUCACUGGCACACUCACCUGUUGCUCUGCUCUCAUCAUACUCAGGUCGCUGCGAGACCCCCACACUGUCUGUCUGUGACUUGACGCUGUUGCUACUUUAUUGUAUGUACGUUUACCCUACCGCCUCCGCGCCUGUACUGCAUGGACUGCACUGUUGUAUACCACACACGCCCUGGCACCCUUUACUGUUUACCCCGCUUGUUCCAUCAUCUCUGCGACACUCACGUAUCUGCCGAUCGCACGUACAACCCCCCACUAGUAUCAGCGUUGCUUCGCACCCGUAUAGUAGCAACGGACAUCUCAGGCUCCACGUGUAGCAGGAGAGUCCUUUGUCCCCUUUGCCGCUCCUGCGGGUAGUAACAAAUGCACAUUAUGCCUCCGACUGUU